AUGAUGAGGGAUCACUCUCUGUCUGGUUCUUCCUCCACAAGCAACAAGGACCAUGGUUCGUCUCCCACUGAGCAAUCCUCUUCAUCCAAAUUGUCAUCCACAAAGAACAGCCCUCUGGCUCCAGAACCAUCUUCCCGGGUUGAGAAGCGGAAGGCCAACACGCUCGCUGCUCGUCGCUACCGCCAAAAGCGCGUCGACCAAAUGAGUACUCUCGAAUCCGAACUCAAGGACGUCAAAGCCGAACGGGAUGAUCUCAAAGUCCGCAACGCCAGGCUGGAAGGAGAGGUCGAGACGCUUCGUGCUCUUCUACGUUCUCAAAAGUAG